AUGCCGAAAAAGGGUCGUUGGAGAAGUCGAAAUCCAUGGUGGAGUGAAGAGCUAGCCAAAGCUAAGAGUAAGCUAGAUAAAACUUAUAGAAUGUUCAAACGAUACCAUGACGAUGCCUUGGAGACAGCUAAAACUCUGCUUGGUACCCAUAUAUCGGAAGACGACAAAACCGAUGACUCCCUGGAGCUCAGCCACAUGAGGAGGGAGGCAGAAAUUUUUUCGGAAACGGAAGACGCCCCGUCCUUCACUACUCAAGAGCUCAGAUUUGCCACGAGGAGUUUAAAGAAUGGCAAGGCCCCAGGGGCUGAUCUAAUGGAGGUACAAGUUGUCAAACGAGCAACCAGGCUCCUCCCAGAUCAGUUCCUGAAACUAAUGAACGCCUGUCUAGAGAAGGGUCACUUUCCCCAAGAAUGGAAAAAGGGAAUGCUGACAGUCUUACUGAAAAGUUUCGACAAAGACCUUGCAGACCCUAGUUCAUAUCGCCUAAUAAAUCUUCUUGCAGUGAACGGCAAAUUUUUGGAAAAGCUCGUAGUCAAUAGACUUAACAGCGAAAUACUGAGCUCUGAAGGCAUCUCAACUUAUCAAAAUGGCUUCAGAAACCCCAGGCCUGAUAAGCCCAAAAGAUUGAGAAGAAGAACGGCAGCUCCAAUGUUGCUGACUCCGAUCAUCAAGAUGAAGGGACAAAAUUUGAAAGUAAAGAAAACUGUCAGGUACCUGGGUAUCAUGAUUGAUCAAGCUAAGGAGACUUGCGAACAGCAUAUGGGGACUAAAAUUCCCAACGUGCAUGCGAAUCCAAUAGGCGGUGUUCGCCCCAACGAUCGCCUGCGUGGCCGCGGCAUGGUCGGAUAA